UCAAAAUAAAUGUAAUGAAAUACAUUCAUUUAUUCAUUCUUUGUGUCCGUUUGUUACAUACAGCUGUUUUGAUUGACCUUGUGUUGCCUUCGUACAUGUGCGUGCGUGUGUGUGUGUUUGUGUGUGUGUGUGUUUGUAUGUGCAUGACAGGUGUCCCACUGCGGUACCCCCCGCUACAUGGAGCCCCACAUCCUGGGCUGGAGGCCUCUCAUGCUCUUCAUGGUCAAGCUCAGGCUGAUUUACUUCCUCUUCCUGAGGCCAUCCCUGAUGACGUCAAUGUGGUAAAAAAGAUAAAAAUAGACACAUUAGUAUACUUUUGGAUGGUGAUACACCAAAAAUUAAUAACAUCACCAACAGUGAACUGUUCCACUGUCCCUUCUGUAAAUUCGUGGGUGCAAAAUAUAAGGUUGACAACCAUGUAAAAGGCCAUUCGUCAGUGAAACACAAAGAGUUCACAAUAAUAAAGUGUGGAUUGAGUUGUCGGACGGCAACACAUUUUCAUUGUUGCUAUUGUGCAGCAACACUUCUAAAUCAAAUUCAAUUGGUAAGGCACCUACAAAUACACCAGGAGGAGGUGCAAGCUGCAGCCCCUACACAGCACUUUGUGGCCCCCGCUCAGCUCCCUGUGGCCCCCGCUCAGCUCCCUCAGCUCCCCGUGGCCCCCGCUCAGCUCCCUCAGCUCCCCGUGGCCCCCGCUCAGCUCCCUCAGCUCCCUGUGGCCCCCGCUCUGCUCCCUGUGGCCCCCGCUCAGCUCCCUCAGCUCCCUGUGGCCCCCAAUCAGCACACAUUGGCUCCUGGAGAAAGUUCCACGGCCACUAAAGCAAGUGAGCUAAAUAAAUUCUGUUGUCCUCAUUGUAAGUUGAUGUUAAACAAAAGGAACUUCAAAAUACACUGCAGGAGAAAACACACCAACCUCCUUGAGACGAUAACGAAGGACAGAUGUUUGGCCUGUCAGUGUAUCGAUGGUACACAUGGUGUGUUUGCAGUUGAAAAAUCUUUUUGUGGUCCUGCAACACCCAUACAUGUCAUCAAGAAUAUGUGGGGGCCAGCACAGAAGAUCAUCUGUGAGGUCGACCAGUGUCGUUUGAAUGCUGACUUUGCUCAAAGGAGCGGGAUGUUGCCUUUCGAGUGCCACCACAUCCAAUCAUUAUUGUAUUGCCCACGCACUGACGGUCAAACCGUGACACUACCAAGUGAGGCUUUGGAAAGAAUGGUGGAAAACAAGUGGUUUGGUGAGGAGCGUAAGGCCGGCCUCUUGCGUUGCCAAAAAAAUGCUGAUGCUGAGGGUGUGCCUCUGUCAGUGCACCUGACUGUAGGUGGUCCACCAUCUAAAUUUCAUGUAUCCGUUUAUGAAAAAAAGGUUACAUACUACAGCAGGUUGGGAAGAGUUAUUGUGGCAUAUGAUGCAAAGCAAAACACCUGGCAUUGUCCGUGCUCUAAAGCGAGACAAUCCUGUAUCCAUAAAGCUGUUGCUAAAUGGCAUCUGUUUGUAACAAAGAGGGAGCUUUUUAGGAAGGUGAAGAGCACAGAGGAAGAGACACUUAAUCUUACAGAGAUCAGCACAGUCCAAUUCGACAGCGACUCUAAAGAGGACAGUUAUCCACCAGAUGACAGAGAAAUUGCAAGGAUGCUUAAAUACCUCCUCAACAACAAAAAGAUCCCGGCAAAUAUACCCCAGGCUCUCAUAGAGCAGUCGAGAGAGGGGAGAAGAGACGACAGCUUUCCUAAGCACCUUAUCCCAAGAGAAAAAAAGUGUGUAGAAUGUGAAUACACACUCUGUGAACAUCUGAUAACAGCGAAAGGCAAGAUCCUGACAAGCACAGGUGUAGUUGAAGGAAUAUCAACAUACAGGAAAUCAUGCCUGAACUGCGGCAUGAUUUACAGAUACCAGGAGUGGGAGGAGGGUAUCCACAACUUUGAUGACCACAUCAUCCUGUCUCUGCACUUGUGCCUGAUGGUCAGGAAUGCACUACAGACCCAUACAGCUAUCAGUAAAGUGAUAGAAAUUAUAGAGACAACGGAAAAGGUGUCCUUUCCAAACAAGGAAAGAGUUCUGCAGGCAUACCUCCACUUUGAGGCCCUUACCGACCAUGAGUACACGUACAGUUGUGUGUCAUGUGGAAACAACCCAGCAGUUGUUGUUAUGGACCUCCACAAAAAAGGCGUUUUCAAUAUGCCAGUGAGUGACAUCCCAAGCCCACCUGAAGGCUAUGAUGGUAAUGUUGACAUGGACCAUUUCUGGAACACUGUGGCCACAGAAAUGCUCAGUCUGGGAUUAAUUCCAUGUAAGUCUUGACAAAAGACAG